AUGUUCUACGUAAUAACACUUGUAACUAUAUUAAGUGCGGAAGCAAAAUUGCGUGUGUACCUUACAGACUCGCCGAUACAAAAAAUAGGCGGUCGUCUUUACAAAGAAGAAUUACUAACAAAUCGCUUCAAAGACCCAAAAGAACUCGCCUACGAUUCUUCAACACGAAAUCUAUAUUUCAUGUAUAUGGAUGAUGAAUUGCAAAACUCAGGUCGAGCAUACAUCAACAUAAUAACAAAGAAUGCCAAUAAAAUUAAAGGAAUAUCAAGAAAUAAGGCUACAGCUGUAGAUUCGGAUACAGGAGAUGUUUACUUUGGAUCGGAUAACGGCCUAUAUAAAUACGACCCCGUUACAAAUAUCGCUUCAGAUAUUGGUCUAUACAAUAUGAACAUAUUCAAAAUUGUUAUACGAAACAAUGAAAUGUUUAUAAUAGAUGCUAACAAUCAUAUGAUAUAUAAAAUAUAUGAUCUUGGCCUGCGUGGGGUUAAGGUUGGCCACAUGAAAACUGUCAUGGACUUCGACGUCGAUUACAAGAGGAACAUACAUUUUGUUACAAUGUGCGGGGUUUUCUGUGCAAUAAAUGGCGCUGAAGUUGUCAAAAACACGGAUUUGAAUGUUGUUUAUCAUUUUUUGAGUGACGAAGAGAAGACAUUUGGUGUGACAGAUGACGGUUUGUAUGAAAUUGAUUGCAGGAACGGUACGGCAAAUAAAGUGGCGACACUACAAUUUUACCCUAGAAGCAUAAUCUUUGGGGAUUAUGGUGAUAUAUUUUAUUCUGUUGACGACAAUAUCUAUAGGUUAAGGCCGAUCAAUUCUUAUCUUGUUUAUAAUGUUAAGACAAAUAAAAAUAAUUAA